GGUUGAAGUGAAGCAACAAGAACUGUGAUUCCAACGUUUUACAUUGUUUAACAUAAAAAGCACGACAUUUGCUGUGUUCUUCUUCUCGACGAUAGUCGAUAACAUGGUUCCUAGGUCAGAUUUCAAUUUCCCAAUUUGUCUCUCUUUCUCUUCAUUUUUCAUUCCUUCUCCGUUACUGUAGAAUUUCAUGUUUCGUUCUAUGGCAAUAAAGUUCCCAUCUUUGGCACAUAAUUCUCGAUUCCUCAAAUGGGUUUAUCUAUCUUCAACAAGUACUCAACAAAUUUCACAAACCAUUGAAGUUCUAAACCCCAAUUAUUCAUCUGAAUUUGAUCAAAAUAUUAACUUUUUGAAGAAUAAGCUUGGCCCAGAUAAUUUAAUCAAAGUUUUGAACCAAACUACUGAUUUAAACUCAGCUGUGAAGAUUUUUAAAUGGGCUUCAAUACAGAAGAGUUUCCACCAUACUUCUAGUACAUAUUUUGAGAUUAUUUUGAAACUGGGUUUAGCUGGGAAUGUUCUAGAGAUGGAGAAUUUUUGUCAUAACAUGGUUAAGAACAGGUUUUCAGGUGUUGAAGUAGCUCUCGUAUCAUUGAUUCACACAUUUGUUAAGCAUUGUAGGAUUAAAGAAGCAAUGAUAGUUUUAACGAACAUGAAUUCGGGGGGUUAUAAGCCUCCGAUUGAAGUUUUUAAUGCUUUGUUAGGUGCUAUUGUGCAAGAAGAUUGUAGAGAUUUUCAAAAUGCUUUGUUUGUUUAUAAAGAGAUGGUGAAGGCCGGAAUUGUUCCCACGGUCGACACUUUGAAUUGUUUGUUGGAGGUAUUGUUUUCGAUCAAUCAGGUUGAUCUUGCUUUGGAUCAAUUUAGAAGAAUGAGCAAUAAGGGAUGUAGUCCUAAUAGUAAGACCUUUGAGGUACUUGUGAAGGGUUUGAUCGAAAGUGGUCGUGUGGAUGAAGCUCUUAUUUCUUUAGGGAAAAUGCUUACACUCGAGUGUCGACCGGAUUUGAGCUUUUAUACCUGCACCAUACCUCUCUUUUGCAGCGAAAAUAAAGUUGAAGAAGCAAUAAAGUUGCUUAGAAUGAUGAAAAAUUCUGAUCUUGUGCCAGAUUCUUUUGUUUAUGAGGCUCUAAUACAGUGCUUGUGCAAAAACUUGCAGUUGGAUUCUGCGGUAUGCCUCAUAAAUGAAAUGAUAGGAAAUGGUAUACAACCACGUAAAAAUGUUUUUGUUCUUAUGAUAAAUUGCUAUUGUGAAUUGGGGAAAAUAGAUGAGGCUAUAACGUUUUUAGAGGAUAAGCAAGUUCAUGAAACUGCUCCUUUCAAUGCAUUGCUUGAAGGUUGCUGCAAUACUGGUAAAAUUCUGGUAGCAAAUGCUCUUCUUGAAACAAUGACGGAGAGAAACAUAGCUGAUUGUCAAUCUUGGAAUAUUAUCAUUAGAUGGCUUUGUGAGAAUGAGGAGACCGAGAGAGCAUAUGUACUUCUUGGCAGAAUGAUCAAAUUCUCAGUUGUUCUUGAAGAUGCAACAUAUUCAGCUCUUGUGGUUGGAAACUGUAGAUUGAGAAAGUAUGAUGAAGCAAUGGAACUAUUUCGUCGAAUUUGUGCAAGAUGUUGGACUUUAGAUAUCGCUUCAUAUUCUGAACUAAUAGAUGGCCUCUGUGAUGACAUCAACCGUUCUCAAUAUGCUGUUGAAGUGUUUUACUAUAUGUCAAUGGAGCAAUGCUCUCUUCAUUCUUUUUCCUUCUACAAGUUGAUAAAAUGUGUAUGUGACUCGGGACAGGUCAACAAAGCCGUAAAACUAUGGCAAUUAGCUUAUUAUUGUGGCAUUUCUUGCUGUAAUGUCACACAAACUACUAUCAUGCACGAGUUGUCUAAAUCUGAUAAGGAAAUAAAUUUGUUAGCAUUCCUCUCACAAAUGUUCAUUGUGGGAGGAAAUCUUAACACGGAAGCAUAUUGUAUCCUUAUCCAUGGCAUGAUUAAACAAAAUCUAGUUAAGGAAUGUGUUUUGUUUUUCAAUAGGAUGGUCAGUGAAGGUUUCAUACCUAAUCCAGAUAAACUAUUUGUCCAAAUUUCAUUCAUAGCCAAUCAUUCCCAGUUAUCUAUGAUUUCUAGCGCCAUUGAAAAAAUCUCUGGCAGCCAAGAGUUGAGUUCAGCAGUAUAUAACUUACUGAUAACUGGCCUCUGGAAAGAGGGAAAGGAAUAUGAGGCACAGAGAUUACUUGAUAUGAUGCUAAAAAAGGGUUGGCUUCCUGAUACGAGCACUCAUAAAGUAUUGGUUGGAUCUGAUGAUAGAGAAGGAAGAAGUCAAGCAACACCGUUGUUUGAUGAUUCUGUUAGCGAUAUACUUGCAGAAGGACUUGGAGAUUCAUGAAACUUGAGUGUUCCAUGAAAGGAAUCUUAUUUCUUAAUACACUAGUUUCAUCGUGAUUGUUGCUUUGUCCAUCAAGGAUUAUUUAUUCAGCAAGUGGUAAAGCAAUCACACCUGUUGUCUUGCAGAAAAUUCUUUCAAGAGGUUGAAAGAUGCGGCUGUGCAGAUGUUAGUUUCAUCAAAAGUAUUUGCCUUCCUACACUAGAUUCAAAAAGAACAAGAGAAGUAGGACUUCCUUCCAGAGACAGUCAUUGCUGGGAUUAACAGAACAAGAGUAGGACUUCCUAUCAAGAGAAGUAUUUUUCACAAGCGGUCAAACCAGAAAUCUUCUGCUAAAGAGUAUAUCUUUGUACACAUUCUCUCCACUUACACGGAUAACAUGUUUCCACUUCGUCAAAUCAUGGAGUGAAUGUGGCGGUGUUAAUCACACUAUGAUGAGCACUUGAAGAAAAGACUAUUAGUACUUUAUGAAUAAUUCAUGGCAAGACAUUAGUGCUUGGGUGAAGGACGAGAUGAUGUUAAUCACAGGAAAAUAGACUAUCUGUACUUCGUGCAAGACAUUAGGUUCAGUCGUAUAUAGUUUGAGAAGACGAUGCCUUGAAAACUCUAUGCUUAUCAUGGAGGGAAGGGGGUUUGAGAUAUACAGUCAACCUUGUAAUUUUAGCUAUUUUAUUUUGUAUUUUUCAUCUUGUGUCCAAUAACAAUCUGAAAAGUAGCAGAAAAAAGUACAAACUUUUUUGUUACAAACACAUGUACUACAUACAGAAGUUGUAGAGAACAACUUUUCAGAUGCCGAUGAGUCUUGUUUAUAUGUAAUACUAUCGUUUUCAUUAUCUCUUAACCGGUUACUGAUUCAUCUUGCAAGAA